AUGACAUCACCUCCUGACGGCUCACCGACUCCUUACUCCAAUUCUCUGCAACCUAGUUCAACCAUUCCUCCAGACAGUGAAACUCCAUCGACACCUUCAUCAAGUACUGCAAUUACGAAACUUGCUGGAGCGAAACCAAUAAUUCCUUCAUUUCCGUCAACCUCUACCACCGACGACAAAGCUGGUAGUAACGAGGAAGACGUUGAUGAGAGGAGGCUAGCGACUAUCACAACAACGACAACAGUAUCCACUAUUAUCGAAGGUUCGACGGCUAACGUUGUGUUGCAGACCGGUGUGAAUACAGUCACGAUGACCACAACGACUACAAUGACUAACUCAGGAAACAACAAUCAAAAUGUAAACAGCAACAUGAACAACGUCCAAAUUGUAAACAAUAACAUGAACAACGUCCAAGUUGUAAACAAUAACAUGAAUAAUGUCAACGUAGUUAAUGUCAUGAACGGAUAG